AUGCAGAAAGUUAUUAUCAUUUUUAUUGCUCUAUCAACCAUUCAAACGGUUCUCUCACAACUGACAGUGGUUGAUGUGUCAACACAGGCAUUGUGUACACAAACAGCUACACUAAACCCAGAUUCAGACGCUCGCUGGGCUCAAGCUGGUUUGGACACCAAUAUUGAUUGGGUCAUAGAAUGUGGUGAGAUUGUGGCAUAUAAAUUAGAAUGGUUUCCAGUCGGUAGUGGUAAGUGGUCAGGUUGGUAUGUCGUAGGUGUCAAUGAUAUUGAUCCGAAAGCGUAUGGACCACUACACACCCUCAAACGUAUGUGGAGCUAUUUUGCUGAUCAUCGUCAUACGUACAUCAUAUGUAAGCAAAAUAAAUUUGUGGGUUGUAAAUGUAAGAUUUAA